AUUGACAAAUCAAGCACAAAGCGUAGUUCACACAUAGGAACCUAUCUCAUGAAAAGUGCUACGAGAUCAUUCAUUAUCGAUUAUUUCUUAUCGAGUAUUAAGACUCAGAAUUCGAUACGAUUUUAACUAUCGUAGCGAUUUCUAUCUUGGGAUGCAUUUAAAUAUUUUCCAUUAAAAAAAAAAAAUGCAUCCAUGCAAAAUAAAAAAUGGUUGAAUGUUUCUAUACAAAUUAUUAAAAUAUUUAUUUAUGGUAUUCUUUACUGUACUAUUUUUUGUAGUGGUUUAAUUAUUAAAUUUAUGUUCAUUUUUGCUAUAUCACAACUUAAAGAUGAAAAAUCUAUACAGUUUUGUGAUUAUUAUUCAAAAUAUGAUCAAAAAUUAGAAGCAAGAAUUUCCAAAAGAGGCAAAGUAAUUUGGACUUGGCAUAUUAUUUUUAUGUUUCUUAUACCAGAAUUUUUUACUAUAUUUCAUGCAAUAUGGAAUUUUUUAUUUAAAAAGAAAGUAAAAUUACCUAAGAAACAAAAUAUUUUAAUUCUUUUUUUUUUGGAAACAUUUCAUUCAAUUGGUAUAGCAUUAUUAAUUUUUUAUAGUCUUCCAAAACUUAAUUCUAUAGAUGUUGCUGCAAUUUCUAGUUGUAUUUGUUUUAUUCCUACUUUUUUAAAUUUAUUUACUCAGCAUCAUAAAUAUUCAAGUGAAAUUACUAUAUUCAUAUUAGUUCUAAUACUCAAUGUUUUAGCACUAAUUGCUCAAGGUUUAGGAAUUAUUUUAUAUUCUAUUUUAAAUGAUGCACAAGAUUCUCUAACAUGGAUUCUUCCUAUUUCACUCUUAUUAUCUUCUUGUCGUUGGUGGUAUAAUUAUAUAUCUCUUUAUAAUUAUUUAGAUUUUAUAAAAUCAUUAGCAAAACAUAAAACAGAUUUAUCAAAUAAUUGUUAUGUAUUACAAGGAUAUGUAGCAAUUUGGAGAUGUUUGAUUUUUAUUUCAAGUAGUAUAGUAAUUUUAAGUUUUAAAGAAAUUCAAAUACUAGAAUUCUUUGAAUAUAUGUGGCAGAAUACAUAUAACAUAGAAUUAAUUCAAAUACCAAAUUCUUCUCUUAGAGAAAAUGUGUCAUUAUCGAAUUUAUAUUUUAAUGAUAUUGUAGAUAUUAUUGCAGAUUCUUCUGCACCUUUAUAUAGCUUUUUAAUACAAGCAUUUUGUGGUUUUUUUAUAUAUCAAACAGCAAAAUUUGCAUAUCAAACAAAAAUGCAUAAGUUUGGUUUUGCUUUUCCAAUGAGUUUAGUUACUCCAGGAACAAUUUUUUUAAUAAUAAUAUUUUGUGUUUUAAGAAGAGAAGAUGCAUGUGCUUUUCAUAAUAUAAUACCAGAUUAUUUAUUUUUAAAUAUACCUAUAUAUAAUAAUAUAAGAGAAUUUCUUAUAAAUUGGCGUGUUUGGUGUUGGUUAACAUGGUGGUUAUCACAGAUUUGGAUUACAAAGCAACUUUGGUUUGGUGAAAAUGAAAAACUCGCUCCUGUAGAAAAAAUUUUCUACCAAUCUAGUUAUGAUUCAUUCUUGAUUGAUCAAUUUUUGGGAUUAAAUAAGAGAAGACAUGAAAAUAAUUAUAUUACAGAAAAAGAAGAAUUUUCAAAUAUUACAGAAUUUAAGAUUAGUAGUUCAAAAGAAAUGCAAAAUUUGAAUAAUUCUUAUUCAACAAUUUCUAAGAAUGAUUUAAGCACCAAAAGAAUUACUAAUGUUACUCAAAUCUAUGUUUGUGCAACUAUGUGGCAUGAAGAUAAAGAAGAAAUGAACAAAUUAAUUGGAAGUAUCCUAAGAUUAGAUAAAGACCAGUGUGCUAUGAAAGUCACACAAAAAUAUUAUAAAAUUUUUAUCAAUGAUUAUUAUGAACUUGAAACACAUAUAAUAUUUGAUGAUGCAUUUUGUUGUAUGCAUGGUUGUAUUGGAUUUUGUAAUCAUAAUGAAAAUGAAACACAAAUAAAUGAAUAUGUAGCAACAUUUAUAGAAACAAUACAAGAAAAUAUAAAGGAUCUUGGCAUAUUUUAUUUACCACCUACUAAAUAUCCAACACCUUAUGGUGGUCAACUUAUUUGGAAUUUACCUGGAAAGACAUAUCUAACAGUACAUCUUAAAGAUAAAAAUAAAAUUAGACACAGAAAACGAUGGAGUCAGGUCAUGUAUAUGUAUUAUUUUCUUGGAUAUCGUUUAAUGAAUACAUCAAUAGAUAUUGAUACUAAAGAAUUAAUGGCACAAAAUACUUAUAUUUUAACUUUAGAUGGAGAUGUUGAUUUUCAUCCAACUGCUGUUAAAUCAUUGUUAGAUUUGAUGAAAAAAGAUAAAGAAUUAGGUGCAGCUUGUGGAAGAAUACAUCCAAUAGGAAAAGGUCCCAUGAUUUGGUUUCAAAAAUUUGAAUAUGCUAUGGGGCAUUGGCUUCAAAAAUCAACAGAACAUACAAUAGGCUCUGUUCUCUGCAGUCCAGGCUGUUUUUCACUUUUUAGAAUAAAAGCUUUAAUGCAACAUAAUGUCAUAGCUAAAUAUGCAAUAAAAUCAACUGAGCCCAGACAUUAUAUUCAAUAUGAUCAAGGAGAAGAUAGAUGGCUUUGUACAUUAAUUUUACAAGCUGGUUGUAAAGUAGAAUAUUGUGCAGCAAGUGAUGCUUAUACACAUGCUCCAGAAUCAUUUAAAGAAUUUUAUAUUCAACGUCGGCGAUGGAUUCCUUCAACUAUAGCUAAUAUUUUUGAUUUAUUAAAUAAUUCAAAAGAGACCAGAAAAUUAAAUGAUAAUAUUUCUUGUUUUUAUAUAAUUUAUCAAUGGAUGUUAACAGGUAGCACAAUUAUAGGACCAUCUUUUAUUUACUUAAUGAUGGUUGGAGCAUUUGUAACUUCUUUUCAAUUAGAUAACUGGUUAAGUUUCUGGUAUAAUUCAAUUCCAAUCAUUAUUUUUAUUUUAAUAUGUUUUUUUUGCCAAGAACGUAUACAGCUUAUAGUAGCAGAAGUUAUCACUAUCAUAUAUGCUUUAGUAAUGAUAGUUGUAUUAGUUGGGAUAAUACUACAAAUUGCAACAGAUGGAUAUUUUACACCUAAUGCUCUUUUAUUUUUUAUUGUGAUUAGUCAAUUUAUAAUAACAGCUUUUUUGCAUCCUCAAGAAUUAUCAUGUUUACCUAAUGGAAUCAUUUAUUAUAUUACUGUACCUUCUAUGUACAUGUUACUAAUUAUUUUUUCUAUUUUCAAUUUACAUAAUAUUACAUGGGGAACCAGAGAAUCAAAAUCAAGACAAAUGUUAGAACAACAAAAUUUAAAAAAAUCUCAAUGUGAACAAGAAAAAACUACAAACUACAAAAAGUGGACAAAAUCUUGUUUAUCUCAUUUAUUUCAAUAUACAUUUUAUACAUACAAAAAUUCAAAAGAAAUAGAAGAAUAUUUAGAAUAUAUUUAUAAUUCUAUAAAUGAAAUUAAUUUUCGUUUAAAACAAACAAAGGAAUUAAUAAAUAUACGUAAUGAAUAUCUUUUAAAAUUUUUUAUGAUAAAUAUAACAUUUAUAAUAGCAAUAUUUUUACUGCAAAUAAACAAAGAUAUUUUGCGUUUCCAAUGGCCAUUUGCUAUUCUAUAUAAUAUCACCUAUGUUGAUGAAUAUGAAAUACAUAUAUAUAGAAAAUAUAUGCAUUUGGAACCAAUUGGAUGUCUUUUUAUUGUUGCAUUUGUUUUUAUUUUAUCAAUUCAAUUUUUAGCUAUGUUGCAUCAUCGUUUAAAUACAUUUGUCCAUGUACUUGCUAAUAUAAAAUUAAAUUUAUUUUAUCCUAUUAAGAAAAAAGAUAUAUCAAAUGAUAUUAACAUUCAUGCAAAAAAUGUAGCUGAAAAUCUUCAAAAUACAAUAGAUAUUGAGAGAAUAUUUAAUUUAAAAGACAAUAUUGCAUUUUCUUCUGGAAAACAUAAAACUGUUAGAGAAUUAAUAGAAGAUAAUCAAAAUUCUUCAAAAAGACUUUCCAAUUUUGAAAUACUUUUCCAUAAACAACUGCAGGAAAUUGAUAUAUCUGGAUUUUCUAAAACAAUAUCUUCAAAUAUAUUAAAAGAUGUAUUGGAAACAGAACAUCAUUCAAAUAUUUUGACAGAAAAUAAACCACAAUUGGAAAAUAGUAUAUCUAACAAUAAUAUAGAAAAGAAAAAAUUAUCAAAACAUUAU